UCCAUGCGUUUUCCUCCAAACAAAAGCUUUCCACUUCAUUGUAUAGGCUGCACGGAAACGGUUUGUGCAUGAAAACAUGGAAAGCUACCUGAUACAGCUACUCCUCAUAGUGGCCGGGAGCAUAGCUGUCCUUCACGCUGACCCGGAUUUAUCAAAUCCCCUAAAUUUACCUACAAAAUGGUCGUUCGAACAGAAACUCUCGGACGACUAUGUGCAAGGUUCAAUCUGGCCAAAUCCGCAAGCGCAAAAGCCAGAUGGGAAAGUGUUCUCAUUGCUUCCAAACAAGUUUUCUUUCUCCAUCAAUGGCAAAACAAGUGAUGUGCUGAAAGCUGCUGUGAACCGCUACAUGAAUCUUACCUUUCCGGAUUUCACCGUUACAAAGAAAGAUGACAAACUUCCAUUCAUGGAGGGGGCCGAAGUUAUCGUUGUUGAUGAUUACAAGCCUAUGGAUCUUACUACUGACGAAUCUUAUACUCUAACAGUAACUGCACCACAGUCGUCAAUCUAUGCUUACACUGUUUGGGGUGCACUAAGGGGUCUGGAGACUUUUAGCCAGAUUGUCCAUCAGAGUGAAGAUGGAAUGUAUUAUGCAAAGGGAAACAAAAUAGAAGACUAUCCCAGAUUUCAUCAUCGUGCAUUCAUGAUUGACACCUCCCGUCACUAUCUUAAACUCUCCAUUAUCAAAAAGUUCCUGGACGCCAUGUCAUAUGCCAAGUUUAAUGUCCUUCACUGGCAUGUUGUGGAUGACGAUUCAUUCCCUUUUCAAAGUCAAACGUUUCCCUCCCUAAGUGAUCAGGGUUCAUUUAACAACAAGACCCAUGUCUACUCACCUGCAGAUGUGGCUGACAUCAUAGACUAUGCCCGCAUGAGGGGGAUAAGGGUUAUCCCUGAAUUUGACACUCCUGGUCACACUUAUUCUUGGCGUAGCAUUCCUAACCUACUGACCAAGUGUUGUGAUGCAAAGGGAAAACCUACUGGUUCUCUUGGACCAAUUGACCCUACCAUCGAUUCCAACUAUGAUUUCCUCAAGGCCUUUUUCGGGGAAGUGGCAAAGCGGUUUCCUGACCAGUAUAUCCACCUGGGUGGGGACGAGGUUGGGUUUGGCUGCUGGCAGAGUAAUCCUAACAUCACCGCAUGGAUGGAAAAAAUGCGAUUUGGCACCAACUACUCCAAGCUUGAAGAAUACUAUGAGACAAAGUUACUGAAUAUCAUUGGCGGCCUGGGAAAGCAAUACAUUAUUUGGCAGGAAGUAGUCGACAACGAUGUCAAGGUGUUACCUGACACUGUGGUAAAUGUAUGGAAAGGUGGUUGGCCAGCGGAACUCGCCAAAGUCACGGGAGCUAAAAAACUGAAAGCCAUCCUUUCAUCGCCAUGGUAUCUCAACUACAUCAGCUAUGGCAUCGACUGGCCUAAUUAUUACAAAGUUGAACCGACCGACUUUGAAGGUACGGAUCAGGAGAAAGAACUCGUGAUUGGCGGUACGGGUUGCAUGUGGGGAGAAUUCGUGGAUGGAACAAAUAUCCUCGCAAGGACAUGGCCCAGAGCGCUGGCGAUAGCUGAGAGGCUAUGGAGCAGCAAAUCGACCACGGAUAUGACCUCAGCGUAUGCACGCAUCUGGGAGCAUCGGUGCCGAUAUCUGCUGCGUGGUAUCCCGGCCGAGCCAGCUGUCGAAGCUAAGUUCUGCAGAAAGGAGUGGCCAAUUGAUGAAUGAGAUUGAAAGCCUUAGAUAUAUGCGAUCGGUAGUUUCAGGAUCGAAAUUAGCAUCGGAUAGUCAUUUAGGUAGGUUUCCAAAACCUAAAGAACAAUUUUGUAAAAAAAAAACUUCAAAAGUUCUUCUGAAAAUGUCAAUGACAAUUUGCAAUAGAAAUUGAAGAAAUUGAAAUUGAAUUGAAUCUUUUGGUUUAUUUUGUCUACUUGUGGUUCUGUUUUCAUUUUUGACUGACCAUUUUAUAUUGAAUUUUUACAUAAUACAACACUACUACUUCUGUACGAUUGCUUUGUUUAUUAAAAUAUCUCUAUAGACACCGA